AUGGAGUGGAAAUCGAAUGUACUCUUGCUUCUUGCAAUCGUCUUCGUCCACGUUCCUGUCCACGUGUAUGGCUGGAUGAGAGGUUGGCUUGAAGCGCGUCGUCAGAAAAGGUCCAUGGUUCGGAACAGCGAGAAUGGUUUCAACUUUCGCGGUCUUCCUCCUGAGAUCCGAAACAUGAUCUAUGAAUUGGUUCUGGUUGUCGACGAGGUGCACUUUUUUAACCGCCACAGCAGAUCUGAUUACAUGAUCGUCAGACGAGUGUCUCCUGACGGCGAAAGAGUAGGGGUUGCGCGGCCUCUGCAUCUAGGAUACAACAUAUCCCAACACGUCUUCGUCCUUGGCCAACAUAAUCGUUCCACAUUUACGCCGGCUCUCUUGCGGACUAAUAGGGCGACAUAUCUUGAAGCGAUCACGGUUUUGUACCGUGAAAAUUAUUUUAUUUUUAGGCCGACUGUAGACAACCAAGCGUUUUCUUUUCUGGAAACAGACUUGCUUGCAGGAUGCCGAGUUGGCGACCUCGUCAGAUACAUGUGUAUCAUAUAUGACUCUGACCCGAGAUAUCAUGAAUCAAGCAGACCUGGAUGGAUCAACAUCUGCAGUUUUCUCGCCCGCAAUUUCCCGAACGCUAGACUCCGCACAUUAAGAUUCCUCAUGAGAAAGAGGGCUGCGGGCCGCGGCAGAGUUAGAUUGCAAAUCCGUAGUUUACGGGACCUCCGGGUGCAUCUUCAAAUGGUGGACCGGCUGGAAUUCGCCUGGGAAGCCAUGCUUAUGUCAAGAGACCACGGCUAUGUGUACCGAGUUGAGUACUGGGAGUAA